AUGCUCUCAGCCUAUUCCCGCAUCCCCUCUCUCCUCCCCUUCGCCCACCAGCUCUUCCAUCAGAUGUCGCACCGCAACGUUAUCUCCUUUACCGCUUUCCUCUCCGCUCUCUCCCACUCCGGCCUUAUUACCGAAGCCCUCGAGCUCUUCCACUCUAUGCCGGAUCGUAACAUCAUCACUUACAACGCCAUGGUCUCCGCCUUAGUUCGUAGCAGCAAACUCGAAGACGCACGUAAGCUGUUCGACGAUAUGCCUGAGAGGAACUCAGCCUCAUGGAACGCGCUCAUAUCCGGGUACACCGAGCGCUGGCGCAUGGCCGACGCGCGGCACCUUUUCGACCAGGUGCCCGAUCAUCAUCGCGAUGUGGUCUCUUGGACGGCCCUCAUCGCUGGAUACUGCCGCGCUGGCGCCGUCUCUAAAGCGUACGAUCGCUUCUCCAUCAUGGCACCGAAUCGCAACAUUGUCACUUGGACGGCUAUGAUUGGAGGCCUCGUUUGGAACGGGUUCUACGAAGAUGCGAUACUUCUUUUCAAGAAGAUGAUGAAUCGGAUGACUGACGUUAAGCAAAACAAGGAAAACAAUCAUAUUAACUCACAUUGUGAAUCAGGUUCAUGCCGGCGCCCAUUGCAACCCGGUGAUGCCUCUUUUGCUACAUUAUUUAACUCUUCAUCUUCAUAA